ACCAAGUUGUCUGUAAGCCUGAGUAUGUACACAAAACGUAAGUACGUGGAUUCAAUGGAGGCAGGGCGCAACUAUGCAAGACCAUACUUAGUAUCUCGGAGCUCAUAACCUUUUUCAAACGUCUUCCUGCAAAAAUUCAUUUACCCCUGCAGCCCUUCAAAUCACUUUGGGGCCGAAUUACCCUUCACUACCGGUGUUUCAUACACUAGUUCUAACUUGAUUGAACAUACCAGGGAACGAUAAACUUACUCUGACGAAGAUUACAGCUUGCCAUGCCUCGCGAAAACAGUUUCACGGACUCUGUCGGACGUUCCUUGACGCCUGACCUUGAGGACGAAUUUAUGCCAUCACCAAGUCCAGCAUUGCGUUCCGCAUCUCCUGCUCAUAUCGAACUGUCUUUACCCUCCAAUGGACCCUUUCAAGAACCUAUGGUUCAGUCUUGCCGACUCGGACGUGCAUCUUCGUCAAUACUUCCGGCCUUACUGCAGCCAGAACGUGUUCCUGCCAUCCAUUUUCAAACUCCCAAAGAUCGCUUCCGGUCAUAUGUUCGUAAAGUAAUUUCCAUGCACCGAACAACAACCGUCUUUUCGGGCUUCGGUCUCGCCGGUGCGGAACCUGGUGUUGACCCGCGCAGGCAGUCCGCAUACCUCCAUUAUGCGCACAUUCGCGAGCGCUGCGAGAUCCAGAUCAACGACUAUAGUACCGUGAGGAGCAGCUUUGGAAAGAUGGAUAAUGAGCGUUUCGUACAAAUGUUCAAUGAUAAGAGAAGUUCGGAGAAGGAGUCUUGGGUGAAGGUGAGGUGGAUAAAUGUGUGCGGCAUCAGCUGGGAUGUGAUGAGUGUACUUGCCCUGAAGUACGGCCUUCAUCCCCUCGCCCUCGAAGAUGUAUUGCACACACACGGACACACGCGCUCCAAAACGGACUACUACAAUCAACACCUCUUUAUCCAUGUCUUAUCUCACACACUCGCUUCCUCCUCUUCAUCUCACUCCUAUAUACCAGAGGACGAAGACCCACUACGGAGCUCCUCACCAGGUCCAAUGACACCAGGAGACUAUCACGAGGAGGGGUACUUCAAGGAUGAUAACCUCCAUGCAGAUGCUGGGGAUGAAGAUCACAUGAUGUAUGACGACAGUGUGCCUGCAACCUGGCGACUUGGAAGCACUGUCAGGAGCCAAAGGUCAGCGAAAGCUGACAUGGAGAGUGUAGCAAGGGCCAGGGAGAACGGCUUAACCCCGCUGACAUCUGCUACACGGAAGGAGAGCGCGAAUCUCCUCCCUGCGCAGUCACGAAAACGCCGGGAGAAAGCUCGUAUGACUCUUGCUGAUCUCAAGAAGGCAGGUCGCGUGGACGUUUGUAUCCACCCGAUAUCAAUUUUCUUAUUGAGAGACGGCACAGUAAUCUCUGUCAUGCCAUCCAAUUUCAUUCAUUUCACGGGUCCCAUCAUGGCGCGUCUCCGACAGCCCGACACGGGGCUGCGUGCAUCUGCAGAUCCCAGUCUGCUCGUUCAAAGUCUGCUCGACCUCAUUGUGGACUCUGCACUUGAGGUAGUGGAUGCAUUCCACGAGAAGAUAUUGCAACUAGAAUACGAUGUGUUAAUGAAGCCGAAUAUGAAAGUGGUUACAAGGCUGCACAUUCUUUCUGGUGAUUUGAUACUGCACAAGCGGACACUUGGGCCCCUCAAGACGGUCAUUUAUGGGCUACGGCGGUACGACGAAGACCGGUGUGCUGCACUUCUCUCACCUGCUGAGAAGGAGGUGCAAGAGCAAAGCAGAGAGAAAGUGAAGGGGUUCAUGUCCAAUAAGAGCAAAAUAUACCUGGCGGACGUACACGAUCAUAUGGAAUAUAUCCUUACAAGCAUGGAUAUGUUCGCAGGGAUAACAGAAAACCUGAUGAACUACACGUUCAAUAUAAAAUCAUACGAAAUGAACGUAGUCAUGCGCCGCCUCACCCUCGCAACUAUCAUAUUCCUCCCGCUGACAUUGCUCACGGGUUAUUUUGGAAUGAAUUUUGCAUCGAUGUGGAGUGUCAAUGACCAUUCCGACGCCCUAUUUUGGAAGAUUGCGAUCCCUCUCAUGGCAUUCGUUAUACCCUUAUUUAUGUGGUCAGACAUAAAGCAUGCCACGCAUUACGCUGAGAAACGGUGGGCGGCAAAGGUGCGUCAUUGCCUGGUUUGUUGUGCACUGUGUAUGUCAAUAAUCGUCUGAUAGACUACCAAGGCAAGUUGGCGUGACUGACCGAUGCCCGCAAUAUUCAACGCGGUUGUAUUACCCGACUUUACACGAUUGCGUUUGGUAGAUUUCGGAGUAUUUGACGUUGCUUGCUUGCGGGCUAGCGACGAUAGCUAGAAAUGCUAAGUGUGGUUGCUACGGGGCACACCUCUUUCUAAGCUGAGAACACAUGCCUUGAGUGGAGUGGACUAGCACUCCUUUGAUCACAUAUGCCUUGACCGCUUUAACAUACUGGCUCUCGGGUCACGCGUUGAGUCAGGGAUAAAAGCCGAUUCUCGAAACGUACCGAGGUCCGACG